CGUCAGGUAGGCCGAAGAGAGGGGGAGAGGGGAGAAGAGGGGAGCUCGAGGGGUUGGGCUGGGGCCCCGCCUUCUGCACGCCUUCCCAGCAGCUCCUCCUCUUUCCCCCCCCGCCCUUGCUCCCCAAGGCUCUGCGGCUUCAUCCCUUAGCAGCACCGGCAGCCGCUGCGGCCAUGGACAUGGAAGCUGGGAACGGCUCAGGAGCCAUGAGCUGGAAAAACCAGUGCUCAGGAUUUCCAAUGACCCCUGCAGGGUCCUGUGAAGGAUUUGAGGGCUGUGAGAGGAAGAAAGGCCAGCGCUGGGGGUCCCUGGAGCACUGGGGUCAGACCAUGGAUGGAGAAGUUCUGCUCCCAGCUCUGUAUGAGGAGGAAGAAGAAGAGGAAGAGGAAGAAAAAGAGCCAGAGCCAGAGCCAGAGCCUGAGACUGAGACUGAGACAGAGACAGAGACAGAGACAGAAACAGAGACAGAGACAGAGACAGAGACAGAGACAGAGACAGAGGAGCAGAAGGACAGCAAUGUGAAGCCCCUGCAGGUGAGCAAGCUUCGUGGGCUGAGCCUCACUGAGACAGAGCUGGAAGAGCUGAGGGCCCAGGUGCUGCAACUGGUGGCUGAGCUGGAAGAGACACGGGAGCUGGCUGGACAGCAUGAAGAUGAUUCCCUUGAGCUACAAGGACUCCUGGAGGAUGAGCGUUUGGCCAGUGCCCAGCAGGCAGAGACCUUCACUAAGCAGAUCCAGAAACUCCAGGGUGAGCUGAGGUCCCUCAGGGAGGAGAUCUCCAUAUUGGAGCAAGAGAAGGAGACAGAACUGAAGGAUAUCGAGCAGGAGUUGCAGAUGGCCCAAGACGAGAUCCACACUCUGCGGCAGGCGGCCGAGGAUGCAGCAGUGGAGCACGAGGGAGACAUAGCUAACCUUCAAGAGGACCUGUGCCGCAUGCGCACGGAGCUCAGCGGCAUGGAGCGCAUCCACGAAGAGUACCAGAUGGAAAUCAGCAGUCUGCGGAGUGAGAUCAAGAUGAAGACUGACCCGUCUUCUUCGGGGAGCACAGUCUUCUCUGACGUCAGCAUGCUGCAAGAGGAAUUGCAACAGCUACGGGACCGCUGCAGCCUCUUGACUGAGGAGUACCAAGCCCUGCAGAUGAGUAACAGCAGCCUGUGUGAACAGCUGGAGGAGAUGGAAUCCCAGAGGUACCGCAAAGAUGACCAAAAGGAAACCUGCAGAAAAAUGAGGGUGGCAGAAAGAUGGUUGGAGUCACAGACGAAGGAUACCUCAACAACUGAAUCUCAGACUUCGGACAUGGGAAUGUUUAUGGAUAGCAGCUUCAGUCAGUCCUGUGUUGAUGAAGAUGAAGAAUCGGAAAGCCUUCGGCAACAGCUUCAGUGUGCCGAGGAUCAGAUACAGGAGAUGGAGAGCAAGUGUAAUGUCCUGUACACUGAACUACAAGACUUACAGAAGGUGCAUCAUGCCAGUGAGGGAGAACAGAAGCGCCUGCAGAAGGAUCUGAAGUUCUUCCAGGAAGAGCUGCAACGGCUUAAAAAUUGCCAGGAUGCCAUUGUCAAAAAACAGACUGAUGAUCUGGUGAAGAAACUGAGUGACCUGCAGAAGAAGUACCAGGAGAGCCAGAAAGAACAGGCAAGUCUUGCACAGGAACGGACCCAACUUAAGGAAGAACUCCUUAAAAGCAAGGAAGAGCAAUGCAAACUCUUGGCUAUGAGGCGAGCCCUUGCAGAAAGCAACAAGAACGAGAAGGAGCUGAAGGCCAAACUUGAAGACUUGCAGUCUCGCUACCUCGAAAGCCAGGAUCAGAACUGUCAACUCUUGAGUAUACAAGAGAAGUUACAGGAGGACCUGGAGGUUUAUGGCCAGGAGGUGGAACGCCUCAAAGUGAUGGAGGCCUCCAACAAUGAGAUUAUGGAGAAGAACAUGGAGCUGGAGGCCAGGGUACAGGACCUGGAGGUGCUCCACCAGGCCAGUCAGGAGGAGCAAGCCCGGCAGCUCCAGGUGCAGGACGAGCUGCAGGAGGCCCUCACAGCCUACCAGCAGGAUGUGGAGAUGCUGAGGAAGGCACAGCAGAAGCUGCAGCCCCAGUGCCAGACCCAGCUGAAGCUGCGGCAGUGCCAGGAGGACCAGAUGAUCAAGUUCAGCGGCCUGGUGCACAGACUGAAAGAGCUGCACAACAUGUACAACUGCAGCCAGAAGGAAGUGGCCCAUCUGCAGUGUGAGCAGAGAAAGCUCCUGAAGAACCAGAGGAGGAUGCAGGAGGAGCAUUGCCAGCUGCAGCAAGAGAUGCGCAAGCUCACCUUCCCUGUCCCUAAGCCUGCCCUCCUCAAAAAGAGUCAGGAGCUCUUGGCAAAGUUGAACCAGCUGGAGGAACUACAGAUCUCCUAUCAGAACCGGCAGGAAGAACAGAAAAAACUGGUCGAGAGUCAGGAUCAUCUGUUAAAGGAGCAAGCCCAGGUGCAAGAAGAGUUUCGACAUUUAAAGGGUUGCCAGAUAACUCUGGCGCCUUCCUGUGUUAAACUGUCGAAUGGAGUAAAGAAAGACAAGUCCUGCGGCGACCUGUACAACAAGAUCCAGGAGCUGCAUGUGCUGUACCAGGCCACCAACCUCGAGCAGGAGCAGCUGCAGGAAGAGCAAGGGAAGCUGCUGGAGGAGCACAAGAAGCUGCAGAACGACCUCCAGCUCUGCCAGAAGGAGAUGCGGGUGCUCCACUCGCUGACCCCCAAGAUGAGCAUGGAGAGCACCAAGAGCUACAGAAGGAGCUACAACAGCAGCAGCAGCAGCAGCAGCAACUGCGGCAGCUACGACGACGACGACAUCAGCGUCUGCAGCGAGAGCUUUGAGGUCCUGGAGACCGUGGCCUCCGUGAUGAAUAGGCUGCAGGAGGUCAAGUCCGUGUACGUGGUGUGCCAAGAUGACCAAGGCCAACUGCAGCUGGACAUGAUGCAGUUACUAAAGAAGCUGGGACAUCUUCAGGAGGACCUUGAGCUCUGCCAGGAGGAGAUCAAGGAAAACCAGGAUGUCAAGAAGGGGGAAGAAGGCCAGGUCGUUGGAGUCCAGAGCAACCCUGAGUUCAAAGAGCUCCAGACCAAGCUCCGGGAGCUGCAGCUACAGUACCAGAGCAGCAUCGACGAACAGUGCCGGCUUCUAGCGGUGCAGGAGCAACUGGAGUGCCAGCUGCAGUGCUGCCAGGAGGAGCUUUGUCAGCUCAAGGCUGAGAAGCCCUGCGGGCCCAAGGACAGCCGUGAAUGGUGCAGAAGCGAUGUUAACGUCAGCAGCAAAGUGCUGGGCAGGGCAGGCAUCGGCAAGAGCAUCUGCAACCAGAGUCCGGAGCUGGAGGUGGUUCUGUACUACAGGGCCAGUCCAACUGAACUGGAAAGGGAGGAUGCUGAGGAGUCGUGCGAGGACAUUCUGCAGGCUGAAGAGCUGAUGUUCCCGGAGAUGCUGGAGGAGGAAGAGCCUGAGGCCAAGGGGGAUCCAGAGGCGGCAGCAGGACCAGAGGUGGCAGCAGGACAAAAGGUGGCAUCAGGACGAAAGGGGGAAGCAGGAUCAAAGGGGGCAGCAAGAUCAAAGAGGGGAUCAGGACCAGGGGUAGAGUUGGAGAUAGAGGAGGAGUCGGAGACAGAGGUGGAGGAAGAUGAGGUGACAAUAAUUGAUUGCUAUUCCUUGGAGAGGCGCUUACCAGUCCAGGAUGAUCUGGGAGAAGGACCAGAUGACCUAUGGGACCAGGUGGGCUCUUUUGAUUCUGAAUCAAUAGAGCAGAUCGAUGUGCAGGACGUCGGGCAGGAUGAAGAGCUCUCCAAGCCAGAUUGCAAGGAUGGCACCCCCAUCAAGAUCUCUGACAGCAAAAAGGUACCUGCAGCUCAGUCAGGGGGCACCAGGAGGGCACUAUGGGGCUCUGGCAGCAUGAGAGGAGGGCGGGAAGGCACCCACAAAGAAGAGAAGAGGCUUGCCCCAGCACAGGGCAGAUCCAUGCUGAACUUUCCUGUGAGCUCACUCUGAGCUACCACUGACCCUGAGAAACCAAACACUGGCUCAGUGGAGGCCUAUCUUUCUGUGUUUGAGAAGACUCCUGGGAGGUAGGCUCACUACCUACAGGCCCGGCCUAGAGGACUCCUUCCUUAAGGCAUAUUCAUUCAUCAGGGUUACAGGCUCCAGGCCCACAGUCUCCCCUGAGCAGUGGGUGCUUUGAGGGAUGAUUUUCCCUGGUGGAUGUUGUAUUCUCAUGUCACCCAGUAAGUACCCAGGCUGCAGAGCUUCCUGUCUUCUCUCCCCAGAUGGCAGAAGCAUCCCAAAUAUUAAAUAUUAGAUUAAACCAAGUCUUGUCAGGGCUAUCCCAGAGCUCAUCUGACCUCUGAAGAGGACCCAGACCUGGCCCACUUAGCUCUGCGGUCCCUCUGGGGUGACCACAGGCUUUCUAGACAGGAAUUAUUUUUGCCUCAAUCCAGGGACUUCAGGAAUCUGUCUUCCCCUUUCCUUGUCUUUCUCCCUCUCCCUCUCCCUCUCUAUUCCCUUUCUCCCAUAGCAAGACCAAUUUUUAAAGUGGGUGGGUGGGGUGGGGAAAAUUGGGGAAAGGGGACACUUUCUUCAAUAAAUCUUUCUGAAAAA